CGAAAAUCAACAACAUACCAAUGUCAAAACUUCAGAGGUUCUUGGUCGGCUCUUACUGUUCCUCCGGUGAUGUCCCACUUUUUCUCCCGUUGUUUGACGUGACAUUGUGGUUGUAUGAAGAAGUACAGGAUGAAUUUGAAGUGAAAACCUCAUAGGUACCACCAGGAAAAUGGAAACAACAGAUGUUCGCAAGAGUUUUAUACUCACAACAGCUGGAAAUUACUUCAAAAUACCUCUGGGAGAUCCUUCAUUGGCUGCAUCUCUUGAUGAUGAAAACCUCAAUUCAUUUCUUGAUUCUGGCAAUUCCCAGCUUUUGGGAGCCCAGAUUAUUGCAGAUGAGAAGAGAAUUUUAUUCAGUACUAAGGUGGAUUCAUCAGUGAAGAAAGAUAAGCUGUUGGUUUUCUUUAAGGUCAAGCCAGAAGUUAUCACUGAUGAAAACUUAUCAAAUAUUUUUGUGUCAUCAAUGAUUGAUUCUCCAGUUUCCUCCUUGUACCAUUCUCUUCAGAAACUUUAUGCUCCUAUUUUACUACAGGAUUCAGAAUGGAGCAGCACGCUCGAUCCAAAACUUCAAGAAUUAGUGACAGAGCUCUCAGAAGGGCUAGGCAGUAUGUUAAGGAAACAGAAUACAAUUGACGGUGGAUCUGGUGCAUCUGGCGGGAAAAAACCUUUAGCAGGUAUAUUGAAUGUGAAGGAUGAAGCUGAUUAUUGGGCUGAAGUCACAAACAAUCCCAAAAAUCGUGAUGAAAAGGAAAUGGCAAAAAACUUUUACUCUAUUCUAGAACCAAUAGCCAAAGACUUUAGUGGACUGGAUGCUGUAACCUUUUUAGAUGCAGAGGACAUAUUAGAUAACACCCAGAAUGCUCUUGAUGAACUUUGGAGGCUUGAUUAUCCUCAAAAUAGAAUGACUCAUUUAUUGGAUAUCUUGGGAAAUCAGCUAACACGUUAUGUGCAGGGAAAGUUGAAUGAAGAAGACCUUUGGAAUGGACAGUAUUCUCAAGUAGAGAAAAAUCUGAGUGAAGGAAUUGGACUUUGUGAACACUGGGUAGAUUCUUGUACUAAACUUACUGGCAUGUUUUGGAAAGGAGGAGUUGAUCAAAUGUGGGAAGGUGAACCGUUUGAACCAGAUUAUUGUAAAAAUGUAGCUAAGCGUCUGACCCAAAUCCUCAAUCUGCGAACAUUGCACAAACAGUUGACAAGGCUGCUAUCAAUUAGUGAACAGGAAGACCUGAAAACAUCUGAGUCCUUCAAACCUUUCACUGGAUUAAAACCUGUACGGUAUAAUCCUUACACUGAACCAUUAUGGCAAGCUGCUGUUAGACAGUUUGAAAAUUCACUGACUCCUGCAGAGCAGCGCAUUGCGGGUAAGCUAAGAGGCCAGCUACGGAGUAUGAGCUCAAGUGCAUACCAGUUGAUGCAAGAAUUUAAGCGAUACAAGGAACUGAUUAAGCGGGAGAGUAUUCAGAGGGAACUGUUGGCAGAAAGGGAGAUGCUUCUAGGUGAACUUGUGAGCUACAUCCGUACCCUUAAAGCUGAUUUUGCUACCACUUCGGUGGAUGGUCCAAGGCGCUUGGCUAAUGUACCAGAGGUUGUCAGUAAUAUCUACUGGGUGAAACCUAUUCAUGCAAAGGUUUUAGAUAUUGAUAAAACAGCAGAUGCUCUUCUAAGUGAUCUGAAUGGCUACAGUGAACUGAAAACAAAUAUAUCAGAAUUUAAGGAAGAACUGGAAGAGUACCAUUCUGAUCAGUUUGACUCAUGGUCAAGGGAAAUGCUCCAGAGGAUAGAAUCAGAAGAACUGAGUCUAGCCACAGAUUCCCCUGUACUGUCAUUUAGCAGCAAUCGACGGCUCAGAGUGAACUAUAACCCUCGCUUGGUUGGAUUGGUUCGAGAAGUCAGCCAGUUGUCCAUUUUAGGACAUAAGAUACAUCCAGACAUCAUCAAAACAGCAAAGCUAGCACAGAAGUUUAUGAAGCAAGCUAAGGCUCUGGAAGAAAUUGCAAACUUUCACAACACCAUUGGAGACCAAAUGAUACCUUCCCAACGGCCUAUGAUGUUGGAGGCAGCAUUAGCACUGUCUGGUUUGGUGCAGGAGCAGACAAAUCUAACUUGGUCAAACACAGAUGCAUUAGAUGACUAUAUUGGCAGAUUAAAGGCUGCUACACAGAGGUUGGCACGAGAAAACAAACAGUUGGCUCAGUGUCACCUGAUGAUUAAAGAGCGAGUACUGAAACUCAUGAACACAGAUUUGUUACGUCACCAACCCCAGUGGAAAGAGCUUUUGAAAGAGAUGCGUUCAAUUAUGGACCAGUUGCAAGAGAAAGGAUUUGCAGACCAGAAAUCUUGGUGUUCCCACUGGGAUAGGCAGCUUUACAAAGCUCUCGAACAUCAGUACCAGUUGGGGAUUGAGGCCCUAAAUCAAAACCUUCCAGAAUUGAAGGUGGAACUUACCUAUAGACAGCAGAGAUUGCAGUUCCGGCCACCAAUGGAAGAAAUACGCAUGAAGUACUUUGGACAACUCAAAAGAUUCCUUGCAAUUCCCUAUCAGUUUAAGGGAGUGAGUGAAGUGAAUGAUAACCCCAUUUUUCCAAUUAUCGUUGAACGUAAUGCACAUCGUUUCACACAACUUUUUAAACGUGCAGAAGAAUUGUUUGAAAGGUUGGAAGGUGUGCAGGAUAGAUUCGUAGACUUGUGUGCUCUAGGAUCUUGUGACAUUGAGGAUCUCGUUCAGAACUAUUGCAAAACUUCAGAGGAUUGGGACAGAAAUUUCCGAGCAUCAAAAUCCAAAGGCCAAGAGAUUGGGAAACUUCCAAGCACGGAGGAAAAGAUAGAUUGCUUCAGUGUCAGUUUCCAGCCGUUGCGUGUUGAAUUGGAGAUUAUGAAUCGUCGCUACUGGGACAUGCUGGUGCAGGGACUUCAUAAUGCUAUAAUCAGCGAUAUCAAUACUAUUGAAAAGUUCACUGAAGAUGCCAUUGAGGUUCUUAAGAGGCAGCCACAGAGUGUAGAAGAAAUUGCAAUGGCAAGCAACAAGCACACAGAAUAUGCAAAUUUAACUCAAGACAUGGUUGAACUGUUCAACGAAGCAGAGAAGAAAAACAAGAUAUUGGCUAGUUGGACCAAAGAGAGGGUAGAACAAGUUUCCAAGGUUACAAUGCUUUGGGAUAACUACAAAACCCUGAUGGAGAACCAUGAACAAAUUGUGAUGAAGCAGAUUGAAGGAAUCAAAGCCAACCUAGAGAGCCAGACUAACAACUUCAACAAUGAAAUUGAAAAAUUUGGACUACGAUGGGAGCAACUUCAACCAAAGGAAGACCAACUCGAAGGGGACUCUGAGCGUAUUCAGGCAGCCAUCACAAUAGUUCGAGAGAAGCGCUUUGAAUGGGAUCAGCUAAUGGAAACAAGGGAUUCAUUGAAAAAGGAUUAUGAACACUUUGGAAUGGGUGAACCAUACUUUCCUAUGUUAGAUGAAAUAGAAGCAGAUCUAACAAAGCAUGAGCAAAUAUGGGGCCUGUUUGAUGAAUUCAGUUCCAGCAUGGAUGAAUUUUCUAAUGAAGAAUGGAUAGUUUUCCGAAGCAAAACUUAUCGAUUUGAAGAGUUCUUGAAUAAUUGGGGUGAGAAGUUACAGUCAUCAGGAGAGACAACUCCGGUGACAGUUCGUCUGAUUCAUGAGCUGGAUAAGUACCGAGCAAUGUUGCCUGUGCUGAAGUACGUCAGAGGAGAAGUAUUUUCUGAGAAGCACUGGAUUGAAAUGUACAGCCUACUGGGAAUGCCUUCAAACAUUGCUAUUGAAAAGUUAACGUUUGGAAAUUUCUUAAAAGUACGCGAUGCAUUGAUUCAACACAAAGAUGCACUGAAGGAGAUGAAUUCCAAAGCAGCCGGGGAAGUGGUUAUAAGACAGGCACUUGGAGAACUUGAUGUGUGGGAGGUGGAUGCUCGAUUUACACUCUUGCCUCACACAGACUCUGGUGGUCAUGAGAUAAUGCUCAUCAAGGAAUGGAAGGAUAUUAUUAACAAGGUGGGUGAUCAUCAGAGUCUACUACAGUCAUUGAAGGAUUCUCCAUAUUACGUUGGAUUUGCUGAUCGUGCCAAAGUUUGGGAACAGCGCUUGGCUGAUCUGGAUGAGUAUCUUGGCAACCUCAACCAUAUUCAGCGUAAAUGGUUGUAUCUGGAGCCGAUUUUUGGAAGAGGAGCAUUACCUAAUGAACAGGGUCGGUUUAAGAGAGUUGAUGAUGAUUUCAAAGCCAUCAUGAGAGAUGUAGCAAGAGACAACAAAGUCGUGUCAUUAUGCCGUAUCAGUGGCAUCAGGAAUACCCUCGUUACACUUUAUGAUCAGCUGGCAAGGUGUCAAAAGAGUCUGAAUGAAUUCCUUGAGGAGAAGCGAUCAGCAUUCCCACGCUUUUAUUUCAUUGGUGACGAUGAUUUGUUGGAGAUCUUGGGCCAGGCUACCAAUCCAGAAGUAAUUCAGUCACACCUGAAGAAACUUUUUGCUGGAAUUCAUAAUGUAAGGUUUGAUGAAAAUAACUCUCAUAUUGUUGCUAUGAGGAGUUUAGAAGGCGAAGAUGUUCCACUCAAAAACCCUGUACAAAUCACAAAUAAAGUUGAGGAGUGGCUUGCUAAAUUGAGCGAUGAGAUGAAAUAUACUCUGCAGCAGUUACUUGUAGAGUGUUUGGAAGAUGGACGCAGUAGUUCAGGCAUGGAUCCAUUGAAAUCACCAUCGCAGAUUUUGUGUUUAGCUGAUGCCAUCCAGUUUACUGAACGCUGUGAAGAGUCCAUUAAAGAAGGACGUCUGAGUAAUUUCUUGAAGGAGUUGGAGGCAAAGUUGGAAUCGUACACAGGUGUCGAUUUAACAUCAGAUGAAAACCCCGAAUCAGAAGCAGACAACCGUGUCCUGGAAUUGAAGUUAAAAGCACUGAUUUUUGAUACCAUUCAUAAUAUUGACGUUGUGCAGUCCCUCAUAAAUAAUAACACAACAUCAGCUACUGACUGGGAAUGGCAGAAACAGUUAAGGUUUUAUGGAGGCGAAGGAGGGAAAGCUAAAAUGAAGAUGGUAGAUGCUGAGUUUGAUUACACCUUUGAGUACCAGGGUAAUGCAGCAAAGUUGGUUCAUACCCCACUCACUGACAAGUGUUACCUGACUCUCACUCAGGGCAUGCGCAUGGGACUUGGUGGAAACCCUUAUGGUCCUGCUGGCACCGGGAAAACCGAAUCGGUCAAGGCCUUGGGUGGACUGUUUGGCCGACAGGUUCUUGUGUUCAAUUGUGACGAAGGCAUCGAUGUAAAGUCAAUGGGUCGCAUAUUUGUAGGCCUUGUUAAAUGUGGUGCUUGGGGAUGCUUUGAUGAGUUCAACCGCUUAGAGGAAGCUGUGUUGUCAGCAGUUUCAAUGCAGAUUCAGACAAUCCAAGCUGCUCUGAAAUCACAAGCAAAAACCACAAUGUUGCUUGACAAGGAGAUACCAGUUGAUCCUAACUCAGGGAUUUUCAUCACACUAAAUCCAGCUGGAAAAGGGUAUGGUGGAAGACAAAAGCUGCCUGAUAAUCUGAAACAGCUGUUUAGGCCUGUUGCCAUGGCACGGCCAGAUAACGAACUCAUUGCCGAGGUUAUGCUUUUCUCCGAAGGUUUCAAGAAUGCUAAGAGUUUAGGCCGAAAGUUGGUUGCAAUCUUCUCUUUGUCAAAAGAAUUACUGACUCCUCAGCAGCACUAUGACUGGGGAUUGAGAGCCCUCAAGACAGUCCUCAAUGGUUGUGGGAAUCUUCUUCAGGGCUCAAGGCGUGGAAUGUCAGAUGAAGAGAAAGAAAAGGGCAUCAGUGAUGAAAAAGAGGCAGAACUGGUGGUUCAAGCACUGAGACUCAACACACUUUCCAAACUAACUUUCUCUGAUAGUGCAAGAUUUGAUGAACUUGUCAAGGAUGUUUUCCCCAACAUCAAAUUCCUUGGAGUUGGCUAUGAAAACUUAGCAGAGGUUUUGAAAGAAACGUAUGCAGAAAUGAAGCUCAUACCUAAUGAUCGGCAGAUUAAAAAAUCAUUAGAACUUUUUGAGCAGCUCCAACAACGUAUGGGAGUUGUAAUAGUUGGUCCUUCUGGGUCAGGGAAGACAACUCUUUGGCAAACGUUACGGGAAGCACUUUUGAAGAUGGACAAGAGAGUUAAGAAAUAUGUCAUGAAUCCGAAGGCAAUGCCAAGACAACAGCUGCUUGGUCACAUAGAUCAUGACACCCGAGAAUGGUCUGAUGGGGUAUUGACGGCAUCUGCUCGUCAAGUGGUCAAGGAACCAGCCGAUGUUACUUCCUGGAUAAUUUGUGAUGGUGACAUUGAUCCUGAAUGGAUUGAAUCAUUGAAUUCUGUAUUGGAUGAUAAUCGCCUUUUGACCAUGCCCUCAGGAGAAAGAAUACAGUUUGGCCCUAAUGUCAAUUUCCUCUUUGAAACUCAUGACCUGUCAUCUGCUUCCCCAGCCACCAUUUCUCGUAUGGGAAUGAUCUUCCUUAGUGAUGAGGAUACAAAUAUUCAAGCAGUUGUUAGUUCAUGGCUUAAUUCCCAAGGUGAACAAGUGAAGCAUUACCUUGAACCAUACAUUGAACAAUAUUUCUUCCAGGCACUUGAAUGGGUGUUAAAGGCAGGAGAAGCACAAGUGGAAACCACUCUUGUUGGCUGGGUUCUGAAUGGACUAUCACAUUUGCAUGAUGUCAAAAGUAAAGCUCAUUUUGCAUUGGCACUUAUAAGAGGUCUUGGUGGCAACCUUCCAGAUCAGACAAAAGCAGACUUUGCACGUGAGGUGUACUCUUGGGUUGGAGAACACGUUCCUGAUACACGUAAAAUUUUGAACCACUACUAUGAUCCUGAACGGGACCGUUUAGAAACUUAUGCAUCUGAUUCUGCAGAAAAUAUUAAAGUUGAGUUUGGUCAUGUUCCACUGAUUUUGACUGCUGAUGCUCAGUGUAGCCUUGAUUAUUUCAAGCCUUGGCUUGAGAUGGAAAGUCAGCAACCAUUCAUUCUUGUUGGCCCAGAAGGAUGUGGCAAAAGCUUACUGCUACAUGACUGUUUCUCUAAGCUCCGGAGCACUCAGGUCACCAUGAUUCACUGUAGUGCAUACACUGCCCCUCAACAUGUGCUACAAAAGUUAUCACAGAUGUGUAUGGUGUUGUCAACAAAUACAGGGCGUGUGUACCGGCCGAAGGACUGUGAAAGGUUGAUUGUUUAUUUAAAGGAUCUCAACUUGCCCAAGCCAGAUAAAUGGGGCACUUGUCAGUUAAUUACCUUCUUACAACAGGUGGUCACAUAUAAAGGCUUUUACGAUCACAACUUAGAAUGGGUUGGAUUAGAGGGAGUGCAGAUAGUGGCUUCUAUGACUGGAGGUUCUGCCCUUGGAAGACAUAAGCUGUCCACUAGAUUCACUUCUAUUGUCAGGAUUGCCUCCAUUGGGUAUCCAGACCGAGAGCAGUUAACAGGUUGUUAUGGAGCUUACUUGAAGCCUGUCUUGGACACUGUAGCACCAAGUCAUCCAGUUUGGGGAUCGCAGUCUAAAGCUCAACAGCUUGCUGCGUGUAUGGUCAAUGUGUAUCAGAAUGUCAGAAAUUCAUUUAGUGCUGAUGACUAUAGUCAUUUCUUCACUCCCCGAGACUUAACACGCUGGGUGUUAGGGCUUCUCCGGUACCAGCUGCCAGAGAAGGAUACCACACUUCAGCCACUGCUUGAGGUCAUGCAGACUGCUGGUGUAGAUGGAGAACAAGUUCUCCUGUUAUUGGAGAACCAUCAUCUAAUCUCACCAGAUUUCCUUGAAGUAAUUAAUUCCCUACUGAUGGCUGGUGAGAUACCAGGUCUCAUACAACCACCAGAAGAGUUAGACCCACUUUUGAUGCCACUCAGAGAUGAGGCCGCUAAUGAAGGUUUUAGGGGAUCUCAGUAUGCUUACUUUUCAUCAGGUGUUCAAAGAAAUUUGCACAUAGCACUUAUAAUGGACUCCAGUGAUCAAGAGUUUGCAGUACAGUGUGAAAGUAAUCCUGCCUUAUAUAAGCAGUGUACAGUAUUGUGGAUGGAGGGAUGGUCAAAAGAAACAAUGACUGAGAUCCCAGACAUGUUGCUGGAUAAGACUGAGAAGGAUGAGGAAAGUAAAUCAGGAUUUUUGGAAUCUUUCCUUGCUGUUCACGAGAGUCUUCCUAGUCACCUAGCAACACCAAGGCGAUAUAUGGCUUUCUUGCAUUCUUAUCGUACAAUACACAACACAAAGAAGGAAGGAGUAAUGAAGCGCCAGCAGCAUCUAUCUGCAGGUGUGUCCAAGCUGAAGGAUGCAAGAAAGGUAGUUAGCAAACUGAAGGCUGAAGCUGCUGUUCAUAAGGAAAAGAAAUUAGGUGAAAAGCAGGAGGAGGCAAAUCGUGCUCUUCAACUCAUCACAGAUACAAUGAAGAAUGCUAAUGAGCAGAAGGUUCAAAUGGAGUCGCUGAAGGAUCAGACAUUGCAGGAGAAUGAGAAGAUUGCUGAGAGGAAAAAGAACAUUGAUGCUGAGUUAGCAGAGAUUGAGCCUUUAGUGCAAGAAGCAAAAGAGGCAGUUGGCAACAUUAAGUCAGAGGCAUUGUCAGAAAUUAGAUCUCUUCGUGCACCUCCAGAAGUUAUUCGUGAUAUUCUUGAGGGAGUUUUGAGACUUAUGGGUAUGCAAGAUACAUCAUGGAAUUCAAUGAAAACUUUCUUAGCAAAGAGAGGAGUAAAGGAAGAAAUCAGAAAUUAUGAUCCUAGAAAUGUGUCUGCAGAUGCUCGGAAAAAUGUGGAAAAACUAUUGACAGAACGAGCUCAGUCAUUUGAACCUGCUGUUGCUAAAAGGGCUUCAGCAGCGGCAGCUCCUCUAGCUGCUUGGGUCAAAGCCAAUGUACGUUUCUCGUACGUUCUUCAAAAAGUGAAACCCUUGGAAGAUGAGCAAAAUAAGUUAGAGAAAAACUUGAUGAAAGCUGAAGCCAAGAUUGGUGAGUUGUCUGCUGAUCUUGAUGAUGUGGAUAAACAAGUAGCAGGGUUAAGAGAGAAGCUAAACAAGUCAACAAAAGAAGCAGCUGAGGUUGAGUUUCAUCUUAAUAAGGCCCAGGAAACUAUCACAGCUGCUGAAAAACUUGUCACCCAACUGGAGGGCGAAUAUCAACGUUGGAGUCAACAGGUUUCUGAACUAUCUUCUAGCCUUUCUGGCCUUCCUAAGGAAUCUAUUUUAGCUGCAGCAUUCAUCUCUUAUUUGAGUGAAGCUCCUGAAAAUGUAAGGAAGUCUACUCUUGCCCACUGGAGCCACAUGCUGGGAAUUACAAACUUUGAUCUGAGAAGAUUUUUGAGCAGUGAACGAGAACAGCUACAAUGGAAGGCUGAGGGGCUGCCAUCUGACCAACUUUCUACUGAGAAUGCUCUUGUCAUAUUACAGAGCACAUUGAGGCCAUUCCUAAUUGAUCCAUCUUCACGAGCUACUGCUUGGCUAAGUGAACAUUUGAAAGAUCAUACUGUAGAGGUCACCACACAGCAAGACCCCAAGUUUGCUACAACUUUGGAGCUAGCCAUCAGAUUUGGCAAGACAUUGAUCAUACAAGAGGUGGAUACAGUGGACCCUAUAUUAAUCCCCUUAUUGCGAGGAGAUUUGAUAAGUCAAGGGCCAAGGUAUGUCAUUGAAUUAGGAGAGAAGACGCUAGAUUAUAAUGACAACUUUAAGCUGUUUUUGGCAACCAGAAGCCCUACGCCCGAACUUCCACCGCACAUCAUGUCAAUACUCACUUCUGUUAACUUCACAACGACCCGUGCGGGUUUGACUGGACAGCUGCUGGCGGCAACAAUUCAAGUAGAAAAACCAGAGUUGGAGGUACGUCGCACUGAGCUUCUGCGUCAGGAGGAGGACCUCAAGAUUCGCCUUGUAACUCUUGAAGACCAGCUGCUGACUACCCUAGCAGAAUCAAAGGGAAAUAUUCUAGAAAACAAGGAACUGUUAGCAUCACUGGAGCAGGCAAAGUCAAGUGCAGCUACGAUCGAGUCCUCACUGAAAGAGUCUGGUACCCUUCAAGAAUCUCUUGAGAAAGAGCGAGAAGCAUAUGUAUCCCUGGCAGAGGCGGCUUCUAAUCUUUAUUUUGUCAUCUCAGAUCUUUCAAAACUGAACAACAUGUAUCGAUUCAGUCUCAAUGCUUUCCAUAAAUUAUUCCAGAAAGCUUUACAAGAACCUCAGGAUGGAAGUGCUACAGAUACAAGAAUUAGGGUUCUGCAGCGAUCCUUGAUGGACUUAGUUUACUGCUACAUCAGCCGCUCACUCUUCAAAGCAGAUCAUCUUAUGUUUGGUAUACACUUAGUUCAUGGAAUGUAUCCAGACCUGUUCCAGGAUAAUGAAUGGGAAGCAUUAACUGGACAGGUUGUAACUGAUGUAAGAACUGAUGGGGCUGAACCUAAAGAAAGUUUGCCUAAAUGGAUUGAUGAGGAGAGGGCAUUUGCAGUAAUGCUUUUGAAGCAAACAUUCCCAAAUUUGUACAACAUGCUGAAUUUGGAAGAUUUGACACUGUGGUCUAGCUUUGCAGCCUCCAGUCACUGUGAAUCUGACUUCCCUGUACAGCUUCACCAAAAAUUGUCACCAUUCCAGCAGUUACUUGUCAUUCAAGCUAUUAGACCAGAUCGUCUUGUAUCAGCUAUGGUAAACUUCACGUCAAGAGCACUGGGAGGAAAAGUUUAUGGUAAACUACGAAAGGGUAUGAAAGAAUUGUCACCUCCAACCCUGAAUCUUAGGCGCCUAUUAACAGAAACGACUGCAAGUGAACCCAUUCUUAUAAUUAUCUCUCCUGGUGCUGAUCCUUCUCAGGAGUUACUUGAACUUGUAAAAAGUACUGUUGGUUUUGACAAGUAUCAUGAGGUCGCGAUGGGUCAGGGUCAGAGUGAAAAAGCCAAGAGCUUAUUACGUGAAUGUGCAACUAAUGGCUACUGGCUAUGUUUGAAAAAUCUUCACUUGGUCACAGCUUGGCUGCCUGUUUUGGAAAAACAACUGAACACCCUCCAGCCUCAUGAAGAUUUCCGUUUGUGGUUGACAGCUGAGCCUCAUAUUAAAUUUACUCCUGUUUUAUUACAGACAAGUUUGAAAGUUACAUACGAGGCCCCAGCUGGCAUCAAGAAGAAUUUACAACGCACAUAUGAUUCAUGGAAUCCUGAAAUGAUUGCUAGGGGAAAUCAGGUGAACAGGGCACAAACUCUGUUUGUUCUAGCCUGGUUCCAUGCUGUUGUACAAGAACGUAGAACAUAUAUACCUCAGGGUUGGUCAAAGUUCUAUGAAUUCUCUUUAGCAGACCUGAAGGCUGGUGCUGAAAUUUUGGAUGGACUCUACAAGCAUGAAAGUAAUGGAGACAUCAAAUGGGACUUCAUUCAUGGAUUGUUUGAAAAUGCAAUAUAUGGCGGCCGUAUAGACAAUAUUUGGGAUAUUCGUGUUCUGUCAGCCUAUCUGCACAAAUUCUUUACUAAUGAAAUAAUCGGAGGCCGCAAACCAUCUGGAAAUCAGUUGACAAAAAAUAUAACCUUGCCUACUACUGUCAACUAUCAGGACUACACAAAUCUUAUUAAAGGUCUACCAGAAGAGGAUGACCCUGCAUACUUUGGUUUACCUUUAAAUAUUGAGAGAUCUUGGCAGCGAAUAGUGAGUUCACAAGUUAUUGGACAGUUGAAGGUGCUAAUGAGGUCCCCUGAGCUUGCGAGUCGAUUUGAUAGAGAGAAAUGGCAUUCGCAGCUGUCGCCAGUUCUUAACUUGUGGAAGAAACUAAAUCAGGGGCAGAAUCUUCUCCAAGCUAAAGUUGCUGUACCCACAUCAGCAGGAGAGGCUCCAGUUAAGGCAUUUAUACAACUUGAAUAUUACUCUGUCAUUAGCAUUGUGCAAACAAUACACCGAUCCCUUGCUCAGUUAUCAAAAGUUAUUCGAGGAACUCUUCUGCUUUCAAGUGAUGUUCAGCAGCUCGCUGAAAAACUGUUAAGACAAGAGACACCUGAGAGUUGGCAGUCUCUAUGGGAGGGACCUGAAGACCCUUUCGAAUAUUUGAGAAGCAUCGUUAGGCGCGCAUUUGCCAUUGGACGUUGGGUAGGCAGAGCUGAACAAGGUGCAUUACUUAAAGAUGCAUUAGAUUUGUCAGAUUUACUCCAUCCAGCAACUUUCCUAAAUGCCUUACGUCAACAGACUGCCAGGGAAUAUGGAACAUCAAUGGACAACUUGGAAUUCAUUACAUCAUGGUCUCGAGGGGGUAUUCCUAACGCCAAAGUUGCAGUGAAGUGGUCAGGCUUGCAGAUGGAAGGAGCUAAUUUUGAUGGAUCUCGCUUGAUGCAUAACUCACAUGACUCACCUAGCAUUGCUGUUGCCCCUCUGUGUAUGGUAGCUUGGAUGCCUAAGGACCUACAAACUCGAGUGUAUCAUGAAGAACUGUUAUCUCUUCCUGUAUAUGCUUCAUCAAACAGAGAGAAAGUUGUCGUCAGUGUAGACGUGCCAUGCUCAUUACCCCACCAUGAGUGGAGACAGGCUGGUCUUGCAUUCUUUUUGAGUACAUAAGAGUGUUUCCUCAACAGAUCUUAUGUAAAACUGUCACAUAAUUUAUGUUAUAGUAUAUGCUGAAGUAGAAAUAAAUUAUUCUAUGCACAUCCUGUGAUAAAAAUGUUUUAAAUAGUAUGUACCAAAAAUAUAAGAUUCAAUAAAAAUGUAUAUGACUAUUUUA